ACUACUAUUCGCGGAUAUUUUGAGUCAGGACACACGAGGUGAUACUAGACAUGCUACGGACCAACCACGAUGUGUCACUUAGUAUGCGGUCACUAAAGUCUCAUUUGAAAGAAGAAGGAUUGCAUAGAAGAGGCAACUACUCUCCACUUCCUGAAGUGAGGCGUGCCAUUAUGACCGAGCUGAGAGGACCAGGGCAAUUAUUUGGCUAUCGGACCAUGUGGCAAGUUCUGAAACAAAAACACAACCUACGAGUUAAACGUGAUCUUGUAAUGAGACUGCUGAGGCAGCUGAAUCCCCAAGGCAUCGCUCUGAGGACUCACAGGAGAUUUACAAGACGCACGUAUCAUUCUAUGGGGCCCAAUUACAUAUGGCAUGUAGAUGGCUACGACAAACUGAAGCCAUUCGGCUUGGCCAUCUCAGUAUGCAUUGAUGGUUUUUCGAGAAGAAUGAUGUGGCUUGUUUGUGGGUCAACAAACAACAAUCCUUCUGUCAUUGCCCAGCAUUAUAUAAACUGUGUCAAGAGUCUUGGAGUGAUACCAAUGAGACUACGAACAGACCUCGGCACAGAGAACGGGACUGUGGCAGCAAUACAGUGUACCCUCCGCCAUGCGCAUACGGAUUAUUAUGCUGGAUCAUCAAGCCACAGUUACGGAUCAUCCACAGGGAAUCAACGCAUCGAGUCAUGGUGGUCUUUUUUCAGAAGAGGAAGGUCUCAGUUUUGGAUGGACUUGUUUGGAGAUCUAAGAGACUCCGGACACUUCAACGGAACCCAUGAGCAUCAGUGCUUGGUCAGAUUCUGCUUCACUAGAGUUCUGCAGAAAGACCUGGAUGAAUGCAAAGAUCUCUGGAAUAGUCACAGGAUACGGCCAAGCAGACUUGCAUCUUGUCCUGGGGGGAUUCCAAACAAACUCUAUCUCUUGCCUCACAGAUAUGCUUCAAGAGAUUGUGGAUUUCCUGUUGAGGACAGCGAUCUGGAUGUUUUCCCAGAAGCAAGUCAGGUGACAGAAUUGUGUGGUGAUAAAGACAUUGAGGAAUACCUACAGCAAGCCAUGCAACAACAUGGACAACAGCAGUCAGAAGACUGGGAGUCAGCUAUGGAACUGUAUUUCCUGCUCAAGGACAUAGCGAGACUGUAGACACAAACAACGAGAAUCAAAUUGUUUAAUAUUUUGUCUCCUGUUCAUUUUGCUCAAAUGAAACUUCAUUGUUACUCAGAACAGCAACAAGUGCAUUAAACUUUUUUUAUACACCAAACUGUGCAUUCAGUGUGAACUAUGAAGAUAAAAUGUGCACAUUACACUCUUAAUACAAUUCUAACAAAGUUUUGAGUAGUCUAUUGGUUUUACAGCUGC